AUGAAUGACAAUUCUAUAUCCAUAACUAGAAGUGGUCGAACAGUGAAACGCAAGAUUUCCAGCGAUUAUCAGAUGCAAGGAGACGAAUUGGAGAACAGCUCUGAUGAAGAAUCAAAAAAAAUAAGUCUAAAAAAUAAAAACAGCGCUCGCCGUUAUCGAAAAAUCAGCACAAGCAAUGAGAGCAAAAGAAAAAAGAAACUUGCCGUUAUUCCAACAUCAUACGAAGAAUUGAAAAAGAAAACGGAUGCUGGCGUUAUCCCAGAAACAAUAUACUAUCGUGCAUCAAGUAAUUCUAUGUAUAUUCCGUCUAUCACUGCUGAUAUGAUACAGGAUGAUGGAAAAAAUUUGACUGUUGAAACGUCUUCUGAUGAAUACUUCAAGUAUGCGAGAGCUCGUCAAACAACGAAAAGUGAUCACGCGGAGCCAGAAAAAGUUUUCCAGAUCAUUGAAGCCGUUCGGAAGAGACCAGUUAUCUGGGACCAACGUCUCAUCUGCCAUCAGAAUAUUAAUCUGAUUAGACGUGCGUGGCAAGACCUAGACACUGAAAUUGGCAUUGACGAAGAAUAUCCACUGGCAAGACGCAAGCAAAUCUGGAAAAGUAAAAAAGAUUAUUAUUCAUACGCUUAUAACUCCGAGACACUUGGCAAAUGGACAUAUACAAGCGCUAUGGAGUUCUACCAACCGAUGGUCAAUUUUCGUACGACAGUGUGUCUUCGACCAACAAUUUUGGUGAAAACAGGAGAAUCUCCAUCUAUGAAUUUGUUCGACAAAGUUGUUUUAGCUGAUAAAAACAUUCAGUGUACUGCAUCCGAUAAAUUAAAUGUUUUGACGUUUAUCCUGAAAUCUCUGCAUGACACCGGAAUGGCUGAUGUUGGUAUGAUGGAAAGCCACGGAAAAAGAAUUUUGGAAAUUUUCGAGACCAAUCUGGAUGAGGCAAUGAUCAACGCGACCUUUGAUAAUUCACAUGAUGAAUAUUAUAACCUAGUUUGA